AUAAUUUUGUCGCAUUACGUUGUUUGGGGGUGAGAGGUGGCUGGGAGUGGGAGUUCAACUAUCAAUGCAUUAAAACUAUAUAUACUCGAUCAUUGAAUGCCCGGGUUUAACCUUUCCAAUUCUCAACUCUCAUGGGUAAUGAACUAGUGCAUUUCAAUUCCAAUCGAUCACAACUAUCUAUUUAAAGCGCAGCCUUGGUUCAAGGCUCUUCAGUGCCAGUCGUUAUUCGAUUCCAAGUCUCCCCAUAAUCUGUAUUUUGCAACAACAAAACAUCUUCAUAGUCAGGAAAAAAUGCCUUCAGGUCCUAAGAAAAGGAGAGCUGCCAAGAAUAAGGAAGCUGCAGCCAAACAUGUUUCAGGCAAUAAUGCACAUCAUUUUGCAGCAGAGGUUUCUGAAAAUAGUGUGGAGUCUUCGGAGGAGCCAUCAUUGACUUUGAUGAACAACAUUGUUAGCGAUGCUUCCAUUAAUGAAGAACCUGGAAAGGUUAUGGAUGCAUCACUUGCUCCCCAGGAAUUAUCUCAGGAGUUGGUUAAUGGCAAAGAUGACGAAAAAGCGUCGAAAGUGAUCAAUGAAUGCUGCAUAGCCUCACCUAAAUCAGUUGAGGUGUCUAAUGACUUCCAAAUCUGUAACAAUGGCGGUCCCUCUGAAGGAAAAGCUGAACACAUUUCAUGCAUAUGUGUUGACAAUGUUGCUGCAGACUCUCUGAAAGGGGAUGAUAAUGGACCAGAAGAAAUUGAGAAGAUUGCUUGCAUCGCCGAAUCUGAGGUGAUAGACUCUGUGGAAAGUGUUGAAGACUCUACCAUCAUUGCGGCAGCAAAUGCCUCCAUCGGAACACCAGUUGCUGCAGACGCUCCAAAAAGGUUUGAUGAUGCGCCCGAAGAAAUCGAGGUCACUGGCAUUGCUGAAUCUGAGGUGAAAGUCUCUGUCGAAAGCGUUGAAGACUCUGCCCCCAUUGCGGCAGCUGUGCAAACUGAAAUCUUGGAAUUGAUCUGUCAGAAAGAUGAUGAUAACAUGACAGAACAGUUAGUGCCUAACAAUGAGGAGAAGGAUGCAGUUGUGUUGUCUGAGGUUGCUGCUAAGGAUACUGUUGAGUUGGUAGUUCAGAAGGAUUAUGUUAAAGUUGUGAAUGGGAAUGAAAUAACGUGUGACGUUCACCGCAACGAUGAUGGUGAUCGGUCUAAGGUUGUUGCUGAGUUACUAGCUUCUAAGAUAGAUGAAGUGGUCAGUAGCAUGUCUGUUGCUCAUGGUGGGAGAUUCAUAACCCAUAUUAAAUUGAUGCUUUCUGCCAUCGGCCUCAAAGAUUCUAAUGAACAUUAUGGUAAGUUGAUGGAGCUGGUGGAACAAUUUGAACGUGAAGCUCAGGAGUUUAAGGCUGUUUUGUUCAUGCUCAGGGAACUUAAGAUGUCUGCGGUGGCUGCUCUUACUACCUGAUCCAAUUUGGCAUUCUGCAUAAAAGGAUGUUUUCAAUUUUUUGUGAUUGAACUUUCUGCAUCGGCAUUGUUUUGUUCAGCUGUAUGAAUUCAUAAACAUGCUGUUUCCCUUCUAUUUAUGGAUCUACUUGGGAGCUGAGGGUAAUUUUUUGUAGCUCUUUAACAAAUG